AUGCCGAGGAACAACUCUCUCUUUUGGCCCUCAGAGCUGGACAUUUCUCUGCAGGAUGUCUCAAACUUUUCUCGCUCCCCUGCGCUGCCUGAGUGGGAAGCUCCCACGUUCACCCGGGCGGCACAGUUCCGAGUUGGAGCCACACUGGUGCUCUUCCUGUUUGCAGCAGUCAGUAACCUGGCACUUCUCAUCAGCGUGUGCCGCGGACGGGGACGACGCCUGGCUUCUCACCUGCGGCCUCUCAUUACGAGCCUGGCUGCAGCAGAUCUGAUGAUGACAUUCAUCAUGAUGCCACUGGACAUGGUGUGGAACGUGACGGUGCAGUGGCAUGGUGGUGACGGUCUUUGCAAGUUACUUAGCUUCCUUAAGUUGUUUGCCAUGCAGGCCUCUGCAUUCAUCCUGGUGGUAAUCAGUCUGGACCGCCAUCAUGCCAUCCUGCACCCACUCGACACCAUUAAUGCACACUGGCGGAACAAGAGAAUGCUGAUGCUGGCAUGGAGCCUCAGCUUGCUCCUCGCCUCACCACAGUUGUUUAUCUUCAGGGCAAUUAAAGCCGAAAAAGUUGAUUUCACUCAAUGUGUGACACACGGGAGUUUCCACGAGCGAUGGCAGGAAACAGUUUACAACAUGUUCCACUUUGUCACUCUCUAUGUCAUCCCGCUGCUAGUCAUGAGCUGCUGUUACACACGUAUCCUUGUCGAGAUCAACAGUCAGGAGCGCAAAAAUAAAGCAGGGGAGUCAUGUCUCCGGCGCAGCCGAACAGAUAUGAUCCCUAAAGCAAGAAUGAAGACACUGAAGAUGACCAUAAUCAUCGUCCUGUCAUUCAUAGUCUGCUGGACUCCAUAUUACCUGUUGGGGAUCUGGUACUGGUUCCAACCAGAAAUGCUGAAGGUCACUCCUGAGUAUGUCCACCACCUGCUCUUUGUCUUUGGUAAUCUGAAUACCUGCUGUGACCCAGUAAUCUACGGCCUGUACACUCCCUCUUUCCGCGCAGACCUUGCGCGCUGCUGGGCCUGCCGUUCAACUAGCGAAUCUCCUCGUUCUUUGGAACGACUCUCUGCACGACAGGGGCCUCACAGCGCAGAGCAGGAGUCUGAUCCUGCUAGUGUAAAAGGGGUUGAGGGGUAA